AAUGAAAAGGACAAACUAGUUUUUCAUAAUUUCGCACUCUCCCAAAUCUCCCAAUAAAUAAUUGGGGGUUUAGUAGGGCUUUAACUGAAGCUGAAUCUGAAAAAUUGAGUCCUAACCCGACCCGUGUUCCAUUUCUCUCUGGUGUAACGGUGAACGAUCAGAAAAUGGUCGGCUUCCAUGUCAUCCGAAUCGCCCGUCGCUUUGCUCGAUGCUCUGCUUUUGGAUCAUUUUUGAAAGUAGGGUGUAGGAGUUACAACACAGCAACGAGGAAUCGAGCUGGGGUUUUGUUUCCAUCGAAUUCCUUAAAUGCACUGCUAGCUUGUACCUCAGGGACAUCACAUGAUCCUCUGUCGAGAUGUCAUUUUUCGCGGGUCCUGAGGCAUGAACAAUAUUGCACUACUGCAGGGAACGAGGAAAAGCAAACAAUAUCGGUAACCUUUGUUGACAAGGAUGGAGAAGAGAAGCAUAUCAAGGUCCCUGUUGGAAUGUCUAUGUUAGAAGCUGCACAUGAAAAUGACAUCGAGCUCGAAGGAGCAUGUGAAGGGUCACUUGCCUGUUCCACCUGUCAUGUGAUUGUUAUGGAUGUGGACUACUACAACAAGCUAGAAGAUCCAACAGACGAAGAAAAUGAUAUGUUGGAUCUUGCUUUUGGCCUCACAGAGACGUCUCGUCUAGGUUGUCAAGUAAUUGCAAAACCUGAACUUGAUGGACUUCGGUUAGCUCUUCCUGCAGCCACAAGAAACUUUGCUGUUGAUGGCUAUAAGCCGAAACCACAUUAGAGAAUCUCUAACAUGGAUAAAAGAUUACUGGUGGGAUCUGCCAAAAAUCAAUGCCAGUUUUGUAGUCCUCUCACAAGUGAGUGUAUAAUAAUACCUUUAGGGUGAGUAUGGCAUCACAUAUUAUGCUGGAAAUUGUGACCAAAGUCAGCUGUUGUUUAGACAUUUAGUCAAAAGAAUUGAUUGAUUAUUUAUUGAUAAUAUCUCAAGGCUCGGCUCUUUUUUUUGUUGGUGUAUAUUUUCUCUAGGUUUGCAUUUUUGACAUUGGUUAAACAGUUGUGCCAAAUCAGCAUAACGAAGUGUCUUUGUUGUCAUUUCAAGUUGCAUCAAUCUACAACUCUUGUAUGAUUUAUUA